AUGAAGCUUGACACGAAAUCUCUUCGAUAUUUGAACAAUGCUGACUGGAAAGUCCUUACCGCAGUUGAGCGUGGCUCGAGUAAUCAUGAGGUUGUGCCCACACCUCUGAUAGCCACGUUGGCAAAGUCCUCGCUGGGCGAUGUUCAGCGCUCUAUAUCUCUUCUUGCCCGAUCCAACCUGAUCGCAAAGGUCGCAACAGCAAAAUACGAUGGUUACAGACUGACUUAUGGCGGUUUAGACUACCUCGCACUCCACGGAUUAGAAAAAGACAAUGUGGUCUACAGUGUCGGCAACCAAAUAGGCGUGGGCAAAGAGAGCGACAUUUUCGUCGUCAGUGAUAAGAAAGGCAGAGUGAGCUUCAAGAAGGGAGUCAAGAACAAGCGUGACUACGCCAAAACUAGAACGCAGAAAGAGCGUGGCGCAGGAAGUUGGAUGUACAUGAGUCGACUGGCGGCUACGAAGGAGUACGCCUUUAUGACUGCGCUGCGAGAGGCUGGAGUUGAAGUACCUGUUCCACUGGGUCAGAACAGACAUCAGAUUGUGAUGAGUCUGGUCGAUGGCUUCCCAUUAAGGCAAAUUGAGGAAGUUCCCGAUCCAGCAGGACUUUACGCGGAACUGAUAUCCAUCAUCGUACGUCUGGCGCAUCUGGGCCUGAUUCAUGGCGAUUUCAACGAGUUCAAUAUUAUGAUCAAAGAGGUCGACGGGCAGGACAGCAAGGUCGACCUUGUGCCAGUGGUGAUUGACUUUCCGCAGAUGGUCAGCAUCGACCAUGCCAAUGCAGACUAUUACUUUGACCGAGACGUGGACUGCAUCAAGAGGUAUUUCUUAAGGAGAUAUGGAUUCGAAAGCGAUGAAGCUGGACCUUAUCUAAAUGAAGUGAAGAAAGCUAUUGCCAAGGAUCCUUCCAGCAAGCGACUAGACACCAAGGUCGAAGCCUCAGGCUUUUCGAAGAAAAUGAGCAAAGACCUUGCUACAUACAUGAAAGAACACGGCAUCGACGGUGACAAGGUCGAAGGAGGUGAUUCAAGUGGCGAUUCUGAAGCCGUGGAAGAAGAAGGAGAAGAGGGAGAAGAGGAAGAAGAGGGGCACGACGAACAUACGAAUGAGGCUAUCCGAACUCACGAGAUAGGGACAGAGGAUUUCCUCAACAAGCAAGACACGUGA